GCUACCGGCUGACGUCAGCAGGCGGGCGGCCGGCCUUCACAAAGGGUGAAAUGGCGAGGAGCGGCAGGCCUCUCAGGAAGGUUCUCUGCGAUGUCUUCGAGUUUCCCGUCUAUCUUGCCCGGGAGAGACAGGCUAAAAACGCCGUGAGAUAUCUGUCAUCUUGUGGCAUUCUAAUGAACAGAACUCCAGUAAUCAAGACACCAAGACAUUGCCUUACACAACAAAGAAGUUUUUUCAACCUUGCUGGGCCACUAAUAAACAAGAAGAAAGAGUAUUCUGAGAGACGAGUAAUGGGGUUUUCUAUGCUGGAAAUGUACAACGUAGUGUCUGGUGUUGCUGACUACAAGCAUUUUGUACCAUGGUGCAAGAAAUCAGACAUCAUAUCUAAACGCUCAGGGUAUGCUAAAGCUCAACUAGAAAUAGGAUUUCCACCAAUAGUCGAACGGUACACUUCGGUUGUGACCCUGGUACGACCACAUUUAGUUAAGGCUUCUUGUACUGAUGGGAGACUAUUUAAUCAUUUGGAAACAAAUUGGCGAUUCAGCCCUGGAGUUCCUGGAUAUCCGAGGACCUGCACUGUUGAUUUUUCGGUUUCUUUUGAAUUCCGUUCUUUGUUGCACUCUCAGCUUGCCACUGUUUUUUUUGAUGAAGUUGUUAAGCAGAUGGUAGCAGCAUUUGAAAGAAGAGCAAAGAAAAUGUAUGGUCCAGAAACUAACAUCCCACGAGAACUUAUGCUUCACGAGGUGCAUCACACGUAAAUAAAGGUUGGAAGAGGAACCGUUGUAGGUCCCCUUAAAAGUUGUAUAAUUUAUUUAUUAGUGUGGUGACUUUCUUUACCUACAUGUAUCACUUGAUUUUUCAUACUGUAACCUUUUUGGAAAGGCUUUCUAAAUGUUACAAACAGAAGAUGCAUUAUGUAGAUGCAAGUAAACGUGUAUAUAAAGUGCAAAUAUUUCAGCUGUAACUAAAUGUAAUUUUUCCACAUGUUGUGGUGCAUUAUUAAGUUGGACUGGCUGCAAUAACUUGUUUUAGUCUGUGCAGAUGGAGAAGGCAGCCAAGUUUCUAUUUAUAUAGCUAUAUUUUGGGCUGUUCAGGUUACAUGAGCAGUGAGAUUUUAGUGUCAAACACUAAUUCAAUUAAAGUCAAAUUAUACAUUUUAAAGGCUAACAUAUUUUCAUAUUUUUUUUUAGCUGUAUACCUUAAACCUUUAGUUUGAUCCCCAGCCAGCUGAAAUGGGGCCAUCUGGAAGUUUGAUAGCUGUAACAGCUUAAUAUUUAAGUGUUAAUUUAUGGAAAUAAAAUCUAUGGUUAGUCUCAAUUAGUGCCACUGUAAAGCACCAAUUGCAGAGUACCCUGGUAACAAUUUGUUCUAAAAGUAGAUUAACAAAUUAAGAUAUCUAUACAAAUAAAAUUUCAGCCGCCUUCACCAGUCGGACAAAGAUGACAGCUUGACAUUUUCUCCAUUCUUUGCCAAUGAUAUGCAAGUGCAACAUAGUUUUUAUUUUCCUAGUAAUGUAACAGUAAACAGUUGAAGAUCCCCUCUUGCAAAUGUGGUACUAUGCUACUACAUCGAUCUUAUUGAGCAUGUUAUCUUGUCUUUAAAUAGACUACUGUAGAAGAUGGCAUAACUCUAUUGCAUGAGUUAAAUCUUUGCACUGGUUACCAGUGCAUAUUGAGUCAGACCAGAGAAUAUUCAUUCAAUCAUGGAUGAAAAGUGUGUACACAUUCGAGAACAACUGUGAAGUAUUAAGUUGUGCUCAGGCAGCCAUAAAAUAAAAAUUGAACUCCUGCCUAUUAUAGUCCAUAGAGAUUAGCUCCAGUUUGUAACUGGACAAUAAAAUUAUGCUGUAUUUAUGA